GUUUUCUGUAACCGCAGAAAUGUUUAAAACAGAGAAAUUAAAAGCUUUGGUCAAUGAGAGACUUAAAGCUGCAGCUGAGGAAAUAUUCAGCAUCUUUGAAACAACUAUUAAAGACUAUGAGGAGAAUGUUUGGUGUUCAAAACAGGAGAUCGAGCAACAAAGAAGAAGCCUGGCCGGAUGUAAAGCCCCCCUGCAGCCCUCUGUCCAGGUAAAAUACGCUCCCUCAGAGCAGGAUCUCUGUGAGAGAAAGAUUGACCAGGGUGAGGAUGACCAGGAGCCCCUGGAGAUCAAAGAGGAGCAGGAGGAGAACCUGAGGUCUGCUCCGGCAGGUGAAAAGCAGCAAAAGGAAGCUGAUGCAAAAGCAACAGCGUUCAAUAUAGUUCAUGUGCAAAGCAAUGAGGAAGAUGGAAUUCAGUUCCCACACCAAAACAAAGAAAUGGAUAAUAAAGAAGACAAUUUGCCCGGCAGCAGCUCAUGUAAACAGGUCAAGAAAUCAAAAGCUGAGAAAGAAGACUGUGGUUUAUCAGCCAGUGAUGUUAACAUGAGUGAAACUAGUGAGAAUGAAUGGAGAGAUGGUGGAGGUGUCAUCAUGAAGGAUCCUCAGCACGAGACAGCAGAGAGGCCGUACACCUGCAGCGUUUGCAACAAGACCUUUAGUAUUAAAUCCAUUCUGACUCGCCACAUGAAGACACACACAGGAGAGAAACCUUACAGUUGCGGUGUGUGUGGUAAAAGCUUCAUCCAGCGCUCUUCCCUUCAGACUCACAUGAACUCUCACUCCGGACAGAAGCCGCACACAUGCCGUUUCUGUGGCCGAGGGUUCACACAAGUGGGAAACAUGAACGCCCACAUACGAAUCCACACGGGAGAAAAACCUCACAGCUGCACCGACUGUGGUAAAAGUUUUAGAGAGAAGGCAGAUCUCAUCAAGCACACCAUAAUUCACACUGGUGAGAAACCUUACACUUGCACUGUUUGUGAUAUGAAAUUCAGUGCUCAGUCUAAUCUCACACGACACAUGAAGACACAUUCAGGGGAAAGGCCGUUUAGCUGCACCGCUUGUGGGAAAAGUUUCAUUCGGCGAUCCCAUUUACUUAUUCAUAUGAAGACACACACAGGAGAGAAUAUCUAGACGUACUCCAUGGUAUUUAUUUGAGGGAAGGAAAUGGAUAAGAUAAAAACUCACACCAUUUUAUCCACGUUGUUCCUAAUGUGUUGUACUGUAGGAUCAUGGACUACUAAUUAUGGAAAAAUUAAUAUAAAUGGUCUCAUGAAGAAAAAUAAUUUGUGUUCAGCGCACUUAUUUCUCAAACCUCUUUUUGUUAAACUUGUCAAACAAGGUAAAAAGAAGAAGGAAGGAA